GGGGGAUUAGAGGGGUUGGCAUGGGGAAGCAUAGGGGAAGGAAGCAGCAGAGGCAAGAAGCCGAGACUGACAAAAGGCCAGAGAAGAAGGAAGAAUCUUCAGGAUAUAACUCCCCCCAUCAUGUGACUUUGGGACUUUCAGGCUGGGGUGUGCCCCCCUCCCUGUCCCAUUCCCCACCCCAUAGGAGGCGUGUGCCUUGGGGGGGGCAGGUGGGGACAGGGCCCAGCCUGCCUAUAAAGCAGCUACACACCUGGGGCUCAGGUAACAGCAGAAGCCUGGAUCAAGAGGAGCACAUGAGAAGCUCCCUGCUGACACAGCAAAUUCAGUGAGGGUGGAGGGGUGGCUGGAAUCAGCCCUGGGGGGCAAGAAGAGGAGAUACCGGGAUCAGCCACUAGAGGGUGACAGGAGACGUUGCUGCGAUCAGCCACCAGGGGGCAACCGGCGACGUUGCUGGGACACACCACUAGGGGGCGACAGGAAAAUAGAUUGGGAGCUAAAUCUUGAUUGGCACCCGCUGGAUCCCAGCACUCCAGAAAUGCCGCCCACCCUAGGUAAGUGCCCUUGCAGCAGGGUCUCUGGGAAGGUUUAACUGAGCUUCAAGCACCUUUGCUCUUAACCCACUAGACCCCACUCCCUUCUGGCUCCCAGCUUCCCUGCUCUAAUCACUAGACCCUGCUCCCUUUCAAGAGCCAAGGAUGGACCCUCAAAAUCCUGGCUUCCAACCCACCCCCUCUCUAACGCCCUACACCCCACUGCCCUCCCAGUGGGUAAUGUAUGAUCCACAGCCUCCAAUCCAAACCACUGUGUAAAUCUGGUUCUGGAUUUAAUCGCUCCCCAUCCUCUGGCUAUUGGCAAAUGCAGGGGCCCAACUGAGAGAGUCACAUGGAAAUUCCAGAGUGGAAUAUGGCUCUGCACUGGAUUGGGGAUCCAUAAGGCAGACUAAAUAGCAGAGAAGCCAGACAGGGAUUCCUACAGGGGGCAGAUGGCCGGUAUAACCCAGAGUUGUGCGGGUAGAACCCCAGCAAAAGAGGCUGCUAGAGGAGGAGCCUGUGAUAGACAAGAGCAGAGGGAUGGUGGGGGCGGUGGGAUCCCAGCAGAGCAAGAAGUGGUUGCCAUUGCCCAGAGCAGAGAGAUGAUGGCAGCCCAGCAAAAGUGUGUCUCCCGCUGAGGGAAAGUGCUGUGACUGGGCAGGCCAAUGGCUGACUCGCCAACUAAGCCUCUCUCCCCCCUUACUCCUGCAGCCCAGAAUCUGCUUGUGUCCCUGGUCCUGGUCCAGCUGGCCCGGCCCGACCCCAAUCCCAGCGCUACGACUAUCGCCCAGACUUACAACCUGGCCCGGCUGCUGCAGGCCAACUCUACAGCAUUGCUCAACACCUACCUGAGCGCCCAGGGCUCCCCAUUCAGCGACCCUGGUUUCAGCGCUGUGGGGCUGCGGUGGGCGGGCGUGCCAGUGGCCCCCCUGCCGUUCCUGGCCUGGCGCACCAUGGGCGACGCAGAGCGGCUGACACGGAGCUACGGGGCGUACGCUGCCUUUGACGCCUUCCUCCAGCUGGUGUGGGAUGACCAAGCCGAGCUGUGCCCCGGUUGCUCUGAGCUGCUGGCCAUGCUGGGCGCAGCCCGGGCCCGGACCCGAGGCCUCCUGGCCAACCUGACCUCCAUUAUGGCUACCAUGGGAAUCCCAGCGCCCCCUGCUGCAGACUCCUUGAGCUUGGAGGCGACUGGGGUGGGGGCAUUUGAGAGGAAGUGCCGGGGCUAUGUGGUGUGCCGGGAGUAUCAGGGCUGGAUUGACCGGACCGUGAGGGACUUCACACUACUCAAGGCCAAAUACCCUGCCUAGGGGCUGCUGUCAUGCCAGGCAUUGCCUGUGAGUAUAGAGACUGGGCCAUACAUUUCCUGUUGGCCCGGAGCAUGGCCAGCAUACUUCCUGUUGGCUAGGACAUGGAUUUCCUGUGAUCCUCAAUCCUGGGCCAUGAACUUCCUGUUAACAUAUCAAGGGGGCUACGCACAACCUGUUGGCCUAUGGCCUGUGCCAUGCACUUCCUGUUGGCCUAGUGGAUAGCCAAUGCACUUCUUGUUGGGCUAUGGCUUAGACCAUGCACUUCCUGUUGGCCUAGUAGAUAGCCAAUGCACUUCCUGUUGGGCUAUGGCUUAGACCAUGCACUUCCUGUUGGCCUAGUAGAUAGCCAAUGCACUUCCUGUUGGGCUAUGGCUUAGACCAUGCACUUCCUGUUGGCCUAGUAGAUAGCCAAUGCACUUCCUGUUGGGCUAUGGCUUAGACCAUGCACUUCCUGUUGGCCUAGUAGAUAGCCAAUGCACUUCCUGUUGGGCUAUGGCUUAGACCAUGCACUUCCUGUUGGCCUAGUAGAUAGCCAAUGCACUUCCUGUUGGGCUAUGGCUUAGACCAUGCACUUCCUGUUGGCCUAGUAGAUAGC